UUCUGCCUACAAGUAAUACUUACACUGUCUUGUUGCUUGUUCCUUUUCAGACAAGAACUGCAAGGGCACUACAACCUCUGGGGAAAGGGAUGUCAUAAGUAGUCAUUUCUGAUACUUUGCACAGAGCCACGCUGAUCGGUUAAGAUCACUAGGGACAGUGAGAAUAGUGCAAGACUUAUCGCAUCUCGGGAGACAUGCUGCGUCCCAUAGGCAACAAGUUUCAAUGCUGUCUGCUGCUACUGCAACUGGUGCUAAUAAGCAUAGUGAGGGGCCGAGCAACCAAGCAAACAGUGGGUCGACUUAGCUGCCCCAGUCCUUGUCACUGUGAUGGUGAGAGCAUAUUGCUGAAGGUGGACUGUUCUGACUUGGGACUCAACUCCGUACCCGCCAACCUCAGCCGCUUUACUUCCUACCUAGAUCUCAGUAUGAACAACUUCACUGAACUGCGCCCGAAUGCCCUCGCCACUCUUCACUUCCUGGAAGAGAUCCGUCUUGCAGGAAAUGGUUUGACACACAUCCCCAAGGGAGCCUUUUCUGGUCUUUUCAAUCUUAAAGUUCUAAUGCUUCAAAACAACCAGCUAAGACAAGUUCCCAGUGAAGCAUUUCAGAAUCUGCACAACCUUCAGUCCUUACGUUUGGAUGCCAACCACAUAUCCUAUGUACCACCAAGCAGCUUUGAUGGUUUGGUCUCCCUUCGACAUCUAUGGCUAGAUGACAACUCCCUGGCAGAAAUCCCAGUCAAGGCUUUAAGUGGUCUCUCAUCAUUACAAGCUAUGACUCUGGCCCUCAACAAAAUAGUUUCUAUACCAGACUAUGCCUUUAAAAAUCUUUCCAGGCUUGUUGUUUUGCAUCUCCAUAACAACAGAAUCCAGUCCCUGGGAAAGAAAUGCUUUGAAGGACUCCAGAACUUAGAAACAUUAGAUUUAAACUACAACAACCUCAUAGAAUUUCCUACUUCUAUCAAGGCACUCAGUAACCUUAAAGAACUGGGGUUCCACAGUAACAGCAUCAAGUCUAUACCUGAACAAGCAUUUGUUGGUAAUCCGGCACUUAUAACAAUUCAUUUUUAUGACAACCCAAUCCAGUUUGUUGGAAAAUCUGCUUUUCAGCAUCUGCCUGAACUGAGAACAUUAUCAUUAAAUGGUGCCACAGAAAUAGAUGAAUUCCCUGAUCUGACUGGAACCACAAGUCUGGAAAGUCUGACUCUGACUGGAGCACAGAUAACUACGCUUCCCAUGGAGAUUUGUGAUCAGUUGCCUAAUCUUCAGGUCCUAGAUCUUUCAUACAAUUUGAUACAAGAUUUGCCCAGCUUUAAUGGCUGCCAGAAACUUCAAAAAAUUGACCUACGUCACAAUGAAGUCCGUGAAAUCAGAGCAGACACCUUUCAGCAGCUAACUGCCCUCUGUUCCCUGGACUUGGCUUGGAAUAAGAUUGCAGCUGUGCAUCCCAGUGCUUUUUCUUCUUUGCCAUCUCUAAUGAAAUUGGAUAUUACAUCCAACCUCCUUUCAUCCUUUCCUGUGACUGGACUACAUGGAUUAACUCAUCUAAAGCUCGCAGGUAACCAUGCCCUGCAAGAUAUGAUCUUAGCUGACAAGUUUCCACAUUUAAGAUCAAUGGAGAUGCCUUAUGCUUACCAGUGUUGUGCAUUUGGAGCAUGUGAAAACCUCAACAAACUCUCAACUCACCUGAGCAAAGAUGAAAACAGCAGCACAGAUGAUAUUCAGAGGAAAGAUGCCAUGUUUUUACCUAUUCAAGAUGAAAAUGAUUUUGAAGAUUUCUUACUGGACUUUGAAGAAGAUCCUAAAGCCAUUCAUUCUGUCCAGUGCUCUCCAUCACCAGGUCCUUUCAAGCCAUGUGAUUAUCUCUUCCGAAGCUGGUUGAUACGAGUUGGAGUCUGGGUGAUAGCAUUACUCUCACUUACCUGCAAUAGUCUAGUGAUCACAACGAUCUUUAGAUCACCAAUCUGUAUAUCUUCCUCAAAAAUAUUAAUUGGACUAAUAGCAAUUACAAACAUUUGCUUGGGGUCAUGCAGUGGCAUCUUAGCAGUUGUUGAUGCUUUGACCUAUGGCAGUUUUGCUAAAUAUGGAGCAAGAUGGGAGAAUGGAGCUGGAUGCCAGGUUAUUGGCUUGCUAUCAGUUUUUGCAUCACAGACUUGUAUUUUUUUGCUGACUACUGCAUCACUGGAACGUGGAUUCUCCUUGAGAUAUGCUACAAAAAUUGAAACAAGGUCCUUAAAUAAUGGUAUUAAAAUAGCAGCAAUGUUUUCUGUUAUUCUAGCACUGAUUAUUGCAUGUGUCCCUUUGUUCCAAGUCAGAGACUAUGGUAUUUCUCCACUGUGCUUCCCACUGCCUUUUGGAAAUUCUUCCACAAUGUGUUUUAUGGUAGCUUUGGUUCUACUGAAUUCCUUCUGUUUCCUAGUAAUGACCAUUUCCUAUAUCAGACUUUACUGUAACUUAGAUAAGGAAGAAAUGGAAAACAUCUGGGACUGUUCAAUGACAAAGCACAUAGCUUGGUUGCUUCUCACUAACUGCGUUCUUUACUGCCCAGUUGCCUUUUUAACAUUCUCCUCAUUGUUUAACGUUUCUUUUAUCAACCCAGAAGUGAUAAAGUCAAUAAUUCUGGUGAUUGCCCCAUUGCCAGCUUGUUUAAAUCCUUUGUUGUAUGUGUUCUUUAAUCCACAUUUUAAAGAAGACUUUAUAAUUCUUAGAAAACAGGCCAUGUUAUGGAAAAGAUCUAAACAGAGAAGCUUUGUUUCUAUAAACUCUGAUGAUGCAGAAAAGCUGUCUUGUGACUCCAGACAAGCACUUGUGGCAUUUAUUAAAGCCAGCGUGUUGUCUGAGAAUGCGGACAAUUUAUCUAUCCCAUCAGAGCACCAAGAGGCCGAUUCCGGCCAUUUUUCAUGAAUAUUAGUCAGUCUCUGUUAUUAGUUUUCUAAGUAAAUAAAAAUGCUUUACAGUUCUUAUAAAUACACAUGACUGUAAGGACUUUUCAGCUGCUGUAGAUACAUCUGAAAACAGAUAAGAGACAACAAAUAUGAACAGUAUUUUGUUCAGACUGUGACAGGUCACCAUGAAUAGACAUUUUCUUAUUAGGAAGUAGCUGUUUAAAUGAUGCUGAAUGCUAUCCCAAUAUGAGCUUGUUAUUAUUUUAGAGAUCAUUCGAAUUCUCAUAUUAUCUGUAUUAGACAGAAAAAAAAAGUUAGUAAAUCUGAAUUUUCACAAUAUUCUAAUUUUCUGUGUAUGACCAUAUUCUAACAAGCAUGAUAAAGACACCAUUUUCUAUUACUGGCCAUGAUAAUAUGAGAUAGAUGAUUACUGAUUCAUAUAUGAUGUAGGACAAUUGCCAACACUGUGUUGAUCCAGUUACUCUGAAUAAGGAAACAACAGCGCAAUUUAUAAGCUGCUACGCUAGAAAAUCAAACAGGCUAUGUUCUUGUCUCACUCAGAACUGAAUACAUACCAAAUGUAGUAGUGUGACUUAUCAAAACCUAUAAUACAUUUGCAAAUACAUGACAUUUAAAAUCUUCAUUGUCAUUAUUAUCUAACUGGUUUUAUUCACUGCCGUAAUUUAAAAGCUGCUUAUGGCCACUGCAAUGCCAUACAUAUUUUAUUUACUGUAACUUUUGUGUAAGUUAUUCAUUUGCACUUUUAAAUAAUAAUCUCCUGUUACCUGGAAUAAAACUGUGGUUAAUGUCAUUAUGUCUUAACCAAAGCAAAGUACAAAGCAAAAUUCCAAAUACUGCUCAUUCUAUUGCCUAAACAAUGCAUACAUCUAAAUAUGAUCUGUGUAUGUUAAAAAUCUCUGUUUGUGAUGGUAUCUGGCAAAAGAGUAAGAAGGGUUUGAAGAGAACCCCACACUAGACUGUAAAAGGUAAUGGUUUUGUUGCUAUUCAUUGUGUGCAGCCAUUCAUAGGACUAAAGGAAUGAGUAAGUGAAUGAUUCAAGUACCAAACAUUAUAUUACACAACUGUUCACAUACCUCAUCAAUGAAACACUUUAUUUUACGAAUGUAUUAUUAUCUGAUUACAUCAUACAUAUAAUGGAUUGUUCAAUAGACUUUUCCAUAAUUCUGAAUAGUUAAUAAACUGCUGCUAUAGUUCAUAAAUAAUACAACAGUCCAGUUUAGUGCAUUUCUUAAAUAAUUUGACUUCCUAACUGUAGCUAUUCUUUAGACAUAAUUGCAUGUAUAUAUAUAUAUAUAUAUAUAUAUAUAUAUGUCCAUUUGUGCUUUUUGAACAAUACCUUCUUGUUACAUAUGUUUAAGCACAGUUACAUAAAACAUGCUGUAGUGUUGGUCAUGUGUCAACAGUCAAUGUUUAUAUUUAAAAGAACUGCCUUCUUUUUUCAAGCAUGUGUACUUACAGAAAGUUGGUACAGUAAAUCUCUUAACACUUGUUACUAUUUAAGUAUUGCCACUCAUUAGAAAGAGCUCCAAAUUAUAUGCAGCUCAUAACCAAACUAAAUAUACUCCAAUAGUUUAAAACAGAAGUGUAUUGUAGACAAAAGGUCAUCGCUGUAAUACUAAGAAUCGGUUUAUUUAAAAAAGUGACAGAUUAAAUUAAAAAAAAAGUUUAUUAAACAAAUGUGGUGCUUUUGAUGAAAACUGCCCUACAAAAUAAAAUCUGAUUUCCCAGUUCAACUGACUUACCUUUGUAGUAUAUUUUAUACAUUGGUAUUGGUAUAUAUAACAAAACUUAACUCUAUCAGAAUACAAAAUAUGUACAGAGUGUAGGAAUGUUUUACUUUAGUACACAAAUAUGCUGUUCAGUGUAUAUUACUCUUUGAUAUGAUUGUUUGCACCCCCUUUGAUAUGAAACAAAUGUUAAAUGUUCUAUUUCUACCUUUGUCAUUCUUUUGGUGACUGCUUAUACUAUGUACAUGCAUAGCUUAAAUUAACAAAGUAAUAACAUGAUCAAAUGGUCAACACAGAUAUUAUAUUAUGCUUUAUCUUGUAGGUAUGUUUUAUUAUAGUCUGAUGGAUGUUGAAAAACUUAUUUUCACUACUGGAUGAGCACUGAAACAUUUGCAAGAAUGUGGAAAUAAGUCUUUCAGUCCCUAAUUUCAUACAUUUAGUUUCAACAUUGUGUGCCUUCAGCAUUGUGGAACAAUUAAACUGUAACUAGAUCCCUUUUGAACUUAUACAUUUCAAUGUGCUUGUGCAGUAUCUUAAGAAAUGGUAUAAUUUGGCUGUUACUUUAAUAUAUACCAGAUGUAUAGCAUCAGAAGUAAAAUUGUCUUAGCUAAAAGAAAAACUAAUGACAAUAAGUUUAGUUUUUUAGCUCUAAAUUCAAACUGUUAGCAGUUCCUAGAUACUGAAGGUCAACAGAUGAGAAUGUCAUGUACCAUUAACAUUGUUUGUAAGUAUAUUUUUUAACUUGUUCAGUUGUUCAUCUUUGGAUGCAAAAAUAUUUUUAUGGCAAAGAAAUCUUUAUAAGAUAUGUAAAUAAAUAAACUGUAUUUAUUUUUUCAUUGAAAGAAUCAGUGAUGUUAAAGGAGUGGGGAAUAAAUUCCAUGUACAGAGUCCUUUCUGCCAUUUAUAAUAAUCUGUAUUCUCACUAAGAGAUCAGCAUAUCUAAUUAUGUGUAUGUAAUAUAUGUAAAUGGGUAGUAACUGUAAAUAGAAUACAUUCAGACUUUUCUAUGAAGUAAUGGAUAUAUGGUGUUUGUAAUAAAACAAGUUCUUAAAUAUUG